AUGGCGGAGCGGCGUGCGACAAGUGCGCGCAACGUCCGCCCUAGGGCGCAACUAAGGCUACACCUGCUACUACUACUACUGCUCGGUCUGACCAUCGGUGGUAUCACGGCGACAUCCACGGAAGAUACGGAACCGACGGUCGCCAGCCUGGUGGGUGGCCCCCCGGGCUCGGUCGGGCGCGGUUCGGGCAAAACCUGCAAAUUCCCGGGCGCCCCGGCCCACGGUAGCGUGGAGUUCACCGAUGACGCGCUCGGCGAUGGUACGGUCGCGACGUACUACUGCGAGCGCGGAUUCGAGCUGCUCGGUCCAUCGCGCCGCGUCUGCAACGACGGCCAGUGGAUACCGGAGGGCAUUCCGUUCUGCGUGCUAAAUGUGGCCGCCGGUAAGGCUCCGAUGCAGAUCUCAACGGAAGGAUCCGGUAUACCGCAGAAGGCCAUCGAUGGUUCGACGUCAGCGUUCUUCUCCGCCGACAGCUGCUCGCUGACCAAGCUGGAGCGCGUACCGUGGUGGUACGUGAACCUGCUGGAACCCUAUAUGGUGCAGUUGGUUCGCCUUGACUUUGGCAAGUCCUGCUGCGGUAAUGGCACACCAGCGACGAUUGUGGUGCGCGUCGGCAACAACCGGCCCGAUCUGGGCACGAAUCCGAUCUGCAACCGGUUCACGGGGACGCUCGAGGAGGGCCAACCCCUGUUUCUACCGUGCAACCCACCGAUGCCCGGUGCCUUCGUGUCGGUGCACCUGGAAACGGCCGCACCGAGCCAGCUGUCCAUCUGCGAGGCAUUCGUCUACACCGAUCAGGCCCUACCGAUCGAACGGUGCCCAGCGUUCCGCGACCAACCACCCGGUGCAUCGGCCUCGUACAACGGCAAGUGUUACAUCUUCUACAACCGCCAGCCGGUGACGUUGCGGGAUGCACUCGCCUUCUGUCGGGCGCGCGGCGGUACGCUGAUCAACGAGAGUAACCCGGCCCUGCAGGGCUUCAUCAGCUGGGAGCUGUGGCGGCGGCACCGCAGCGACACCUCGUCCCAGUACUGGAUGGGCGCGGUCCGGGACGCACAGGAUCGCAACACCUGGAAGUGGAUCGGCGGCGAGGAGGUGUCGGUUUCGUUCUGGAAUCUGCCCGGCGGCGAGGAGGACUGUGCGCGCUACGAUGGGUCCAAGGGUUGGCUCUGGUCCGAUACCAACUGCAACACGCAGCUCAACUUCAUCUGCCAGCACCAACCGAAGGCUUGCGGUCGCCCGGAGCAGCCACCCAACUCGACGAUGCUGGCACCGAAGGGUUUCGAUGUGGGCGCCGUGGUCGAGUACAGCUGCGACGAGGGCCAUCUGCUGGUCGGACCCCAGCAGCGCACCUGCCUGGAGACGGGCUUCUACAACGAGUUCCCGCCCGUCUGCCGAUACAUUGAGUGUGGCCUGCCGGCCUCCAUACCGCACGGUUACUACGAUCUGCUGAACGGUACCGUCGGCUACCUGAGCACGGUGCAGUACCGAUGCGCCGACGGUUACGAGAUGGUUGGCCGGGCCGUGCUGACCUGCGACAUUGAUGAGCGCUGGAAUGGACCACCGCCACGCUGCGAGCUCAUCGAGUGCGAUCCGCUACCGACGCUCUUCGCCAACGGCGUUGUCUUCGCACCGAACCAGACGGUCUACGGUGCGGUGGCUGAGGUGCGGUGUAACCGUGACUACGUACCGGAUGGUGUGCCAGCGAUCCGCUGUACCGCCACCGGCCAGUGGAACCACACGCUACCGGCCUGCAUACCAAGAGCAGCAUACGGUGACGCUGCAGUCGACGACAGCGAUGACGAUGGCUUCUACGAUCCGACGGUGGUAACGGUCCGACCGGUCGGUCCUCCGAACAGUUCGAUCCGGCCACACCAAACCCCAACACCGUCGCGUCCGGGCCGACCACAACCGAACGGUGGUCAACGACGACCGGGCACAGUACGCUAUACGCCACCGACUGCUGUUCCUCCAGCCGCUAGCGGUAGCAGCAGCAGCAGCAGCAACAGCAAUGGACCGAUGACGGCUGCAGCAACAACAACGAGCACAACCACAACGACCACCACCAGUAGCCCAGCCAGUACGGUCGCGUACGUGGUGCCAGUGAGCAGCACAGCAGGUAGCGCCAGCAGCAGCAGCAGCAGCAGCAGUACGACCGAAUCGUCCAUCUUCAGCAUCGAGAUCGAUGACGGUACGGAUGACGAUCUGAGUGCUGUCGACCACAGCAAGUACCCGCUGUACUAUGGCCAGCGGCAUCCUUCCGACACCUUCCACUAUAAAUACCACCAACACGACGACAUCAACGAAGUGCGACCGGGUGGCGUUGGCGGUGCCGUGGUGCUGCGGGAGGAUGGCCCAUCGGUCCGUCCACACGGUGGCCACUAUCGGCCCUCGGUGGUGCCACCACCAUCGGUGGUAGUGCUACCGAACGGUAGCGCCGGUGCCGUCAGUGUAGCGCCGGCCAAACCGCCGUCGGCCAAACCGCCUCAGCAACCUUCACCACCGGCCAGGCCAGUGUCGGGGCGCCCGCAGGCACCACCACUAACGCGACGCCCACCGACGAACCCGGUUACGGCGGCACCGGCACCGACGACGGUGCGCGGGCGCGUGCACGAGCAGGACAUACUGCUAUCGCAGCACCCGCAGGACAAUGAGAUCGCCGGUAGCGUCAACAUCCGGCAGGACCAAUCGCCCAAGGUGAACGUACCGUUCGCCGUCGACAACGUCAACACCGGCCCGGUCGACGGUCCAGUGGACGGUGGCAGCGGUGGGCAACGGGGUGCGGGCGGCGGUGCCAUCGACAUCGGCGGUACUGCCAGUGGCGGUACCAACCUGGCUGGCGCGACCGCCGGUGACCGGAAGGAGUCGAAGAACGCGAAGCUCAACCUGGGCGCGAUCGUGGCGCUCGGGGCGUUCGGUGGUUUCGUCUUUCUCGCAGCCGUCAUCACCACGAUCGUGAUCGUGGUCCGAAGAAACCGGACAACGAACCAGCACUACCGGCACCGGGCCUCCCCCGACUGCAACACCGUCGCGUCGUUUUCCAGCUCAAGCUCCGAGUCACGGAACGGGCUGAACCGCUACUACCGGCAGGCGUGGGAGAACCUGCACGAGUCCGCAUCGAAGAGCCACCACAGCGGACACUCCGGGUUGAAGCGCAAGGAGACGAUGGACGCUCCGGUGAACCGGUCGCGAUCGCGCGAAAACCUCGACGUUAGCCGGUCGCGGGAAAACCUGUCGGCGGCGCGCAGCCGCGAUUACGGCCGGGACAGCAUGGCGAUGCGCGACGGUUCCGAGAUGGUCGUGUCGGACGUAUGCGUGAAGGGCGAGAAGAAACGGCACCAUCACCAUCACCACAAGAGCAGUCACCAGCAGCGCGGCGAUUUCCGCGAACCCAACAUCAUGGGUAGCGGCAAUGGACGGCGCGAGCACUGUCACUAUUGACACCGCAAAGUGAUCAUCACCGUGCGG